GUCUUGUUGUUGUUGUUGUUCUCUACGCGGGGCGGGAGUGCGCUAGACGACUGCGACGACACAGACGACAUGCGGCUCCCCAUCACGGCGGGAGCGGCAGUGAGGCUCGCCCUUCCCCGGGCCACAGUCCGCCAACAGCAACAGCACCCGGCGGCAUCGUCGUGCUCGGGCCUGCUGUGGUCGCUGUCCCCAUCCCCAAAGAUUUCGACAACGGCGGCGACGACAAGACGAGCAUUCACGACCACCGUGCCGCCGCCGCCGGCGCGCACGUACCACUUCACCGACGCCGACCUAGUCGACACGUAUACCCAGCGCUGGGCGCGCGUCGACGUCGCCCGCGCGCCCGAGCUCGACGACACCGAGUGGGGGCAGGCGGCGAGGGUGACUGUUACGCCUGUCGUAACCCAGGUCCUCCACUUCGCCGAGCCCCCGUCCGACAUGCACGUCGCCUUCCCGCGCACGCCGCAGCGGCAUGUGCCCGUGGCCCAGUUCCCCGCGUCCGAGAGGGUAGUCUACGAGCGCGCGGCCAACGUGGCGAGCUACACCGUGCCGCCGGGCACGACGGGCAUCGCGCUCAACCUGGCGUACGCGCACGACGCGCCGUGGCUCGCGCGCAUGCUCGCCGUGCAGGUCCCGCCGGCGGUCGACGCGGCGCUGGGCCACCUCGUCGUCAACCUCUCCCCGGGGUACUCGCCGGGCGGGAUCACGACGGUGCAGGGCGAGUACUACCGCUCGUGGCGGCGGGUGCUCGCCCACUGGCUGUACGACGGUAUCGUGACCCGCUUGUGCGCGGAGACGGUGGUGACCGUGCUCGGGCUCGCGCGGCUCGACCCCACGCGGACGGUCGAGGCCGAGCUGGUGGACCAGGUGACCGAGCUGUGCCAAGAAGCGUACCUCGACGCCAUUGACGCCUGCGACCAGGGCCAGGCGCCGUUCUGGCUCUCGGACGCAGAGUCCCUCGACACGGCGCUGAGAGACGCAAGGCUCAGAGAACACCACAACCUCCCGCUCGAGCACAUGCGUAUCUGGAGCCCGGGGCAGUACGAGGAGGAGGUCGGCAGCGAGGUGUUUGAGCUCAUUGUCGGGUAGGGGGUAACGGGUACACGACACGACGAUAAUGUUGUACACUAGGCACACCUGCAUUGCAUGGCUUGCGCGGGG